CCCCGGGGGCUUCGGCGGGAGGUGACCGUGUCGCGCUGUGCAGCCCGGGGCGCGGGGCGUCGGCGGCGUUAAUUGGGGGUGGGGGCUUCGAAGCUGCCGUCGUGUACGCGUGAGUGCUGGCCGGCCCCGAUCGCUGAGGAGGCGCGGCGCCUCCGGCAUGCCAGGAACCGCGCGGGGGCGGUGCUGUGUGGUGGGGACGGCGGGAUUCCGGCACCGGCGCCUGCUCGUGGGCUGCUCGGGUUCCAGCGGGGCUUUUUUUUAUUCCUAGCGAUCUGGGGAAAGCAAGAAAAACUGGGAAACUUCUGUCUCGUGGCAGUUCUCAACAAUCUGGAAAGGGGUGGCGCAAGCGGGCUUUCGACGUUAGAAUCUGGCCCAGAAAGGCCUCAUACAACAAAGUAAUAGGAUUUGAGGGGACGGGGGGUGUUAGUGUGAUUGAAUGCAGUGUAGAAGCAGUGCUUGCAGCAGGAGUUAUGUGGUCAGCAGAUGAAAUUGCUGAGUUAUGCUACGAGCAUUAUAGGACCAGACUCCCUAAGCAGGGAAAACCAGACCCAAGCAGAGAAUGGACUUCGCUGGCAGCUGUGGUCAAAGUGGAAUCUGCAGCUAACAGAGAGGUUUCUUCUAGUCUGGGGCGCCUGCAGGUAGCCAAGGAGGUUGUUGCUCUGGGAACUGGAACAAAAUGUAUUGGACUAAACAAAAUGAGAAAAACUGGAGACAUUCUGAAUGACAGUCACGCUGAAAUUGUGGCCAAGAGGAGCUUCCAGAGGUAUCUUCUCCAUCAAAUGCGCCUAGCAACUUCCUACCAACAAUGCAGCAUCUUUAUUCCAGGAAAUGAAACUGGGAAAUGGAAACUCAAACCAAAUAUUACAUUUAUUUUCUUCUGUAGUCAUACCCCAUGUGGUGAUGCUUCUAUUAUUCCAAUUAGAGAAACAGAGAACCAUCUUUCUAAGUCAGUGAAUGAACAUGAUGUAGCUGGACAGUCAGCACUGUGCAGUAGUAACUGUGAUCGUAGGGGCCCAGAAGAUAAAAGGAAAUUGGAGCAAAUGGCAAGUAGUCAUAUAAUCAAAAGAAUGAAGAACGCUGAUGGUGGGUUUUUUUCCACGAUCACUGAAGAUGUGGCUGUUCAGCAAGUGUUUGUGAAACCAGAAGGCAACAUGAAUCCGAAGUGCUGUGAAUGUUCUGAAGACAUGCAAGCAGCUAACAAGGAGACCAACUUAGGCAAACUGAAGGCAGUAGAUGUUUAUAGAACUGGAGCAAAAUGUGUACCUGGAGAGCUGAGCGAUACCCUAAUACCUGGCGUAGAGUAUCACUGUGUAGGGUUAUUACGGGUGAAGCCAGGUCGUGGGGAUAGAACAUGCUCUAUGUCCUGCAGUGAUAAACUGGCGCGCUGGAAUGUGUUGGGGUGUCAAGGAGCCCUUCUGAUGCAUUUUCUGCAGUAUCCAGUGUAUUUGUCAGCAGUUAUAGUGGGGAAGUGUCCAUAUAGCCAAGAAGCUAUGCAGAGAGCAAUUAUUGAAAGGUGUCAGCACAGCUCAUCGUUACCUGAUGGUUUUCUCACUCAGGAGGUCCAAUUGCUGCAGUCAAGUCUUCAAUUUGAACACAGCCGUCAGGCAAUCCAAGAAGGUCAAAUUAGCAGCAAAAGAAAACUUGUUCCGUGUAGUGCAGCUAUCAGUUGGAGUGCAGUUCCAGAGCAACCUCUGGAUGUCACCUCAGAUGGCUUUCGGCAAGGAACUACAAAGAAAGGGAUUGGAAGCCCUCAGAGCAGAUCAAAGAUCUGUAAAGUGGAACUGUUCCAUGAGUUCCAAAAGCUGGUGACAAGCAUUUCAAAGGAGAAUUUACCAGAAACUCUCCGGAUGAAGACUCUGGAAACCUACUGGGACUACAAGGAAGCUGCAUUAAAUUACCAAGAAGCCUGGAAGGCACUGCGUAGCCAAGCGCUGCUGGGCUGGAUCAAAAAUGCCAAGGAAUAUCUGCUCUUCACAUGAGAAUAAAAGCAGCUGUGUCAAUCCAGCAAUAAGCCAUGGAACACAGCAGACACCUCUUCUGCUCAAGGGAUGCAAAAAAUGUCCUCUAGUUCCUAUGCCAUAAGAAGACAGGACUGAAAAGGAAAGCAGUUUAGAGAACUCAUUAUUUUGAUUGAUCUGAAGCCUCCUUUUUAUUUAAAUGUGGAAAAGGGUCAUUGCAUACUUAAUUCUGAGCUGUAUGAAACAAUGUGCCUCCAAAACAAAGGAAGCAGUGAUAUGCUGUCCUCUGUUUCUUGAUACUAUAAUCCAUUAGAUAUAGUCCACUGUAAUGGAAGUAACAUUAACUAAAAUUAAAGCAGUGCUAUGGAAGAAAGGC